UGCUGUGUACUGAUUGGUGUGCAAAGACUGGGUUCUGACUUCUUGGUACCACGUGGUGUAGUUCGGAAGUGACGCUACUCAGGAGCGUGUGUGACAGGAGAGUUCAGGGCGGAGAAUCCCCUGGAGAGUGAAAAUUGACAGACCGGUGACUGAGGCUUAAUACGGGGAGGCCUGGGGAGGGACCCCACUGUCAUGGGAGGCAGCGGCUCCAAAGCACGGGGGCUGUGGCCCUUCUCCUCCCCUGCACCCGAGAUCCCUGUGAGCAGCGAGCAGAGCCUGGCCCGCAUCCGCAAGGCCACCCCGUUCAUCUUUACCCGGAGAGGCUCUAUGUAUUUUGAUGAGGAUGGAGACUUAGCACAUGAAUUCUAUGAAGAGACAAUUGUGACAAAGAAUGGUCGUAAACGUGCAAAGCUUAAACGUAUUCACAAGAACCUGAGGCCCCAGGGCACCAUCAGGUUGGACCACCCGUGCAUACACGUGGAUUUCCCUGUUGUUCUAUGUGAAGUGUGACCAAGGUUGCCUACAACACUACAUGCACCUCAGCCAGCCUCCAGAGACCGCAAGCGGGAGGAGACUGAUGGGGACACUUACCAGAGACUUCAUAGAUGUCUUAAGUAGAGAAGCUGCCUAGGGCUGUGCUUAAGGGACAGAUUUGCUAGAUGCUACCAUCAUGUGACUCGGACCAUGUCACAUGAUUACUGCCAGGGUUUAAAAAAUGAAUUUCCUGGUUUCUGUGAUACUUCUGCACUGACCAGGAGAGAUGCCUGCACUAUCCCUGUGCCCCCUUUCUGCAUGCCCGAGUCAUGGGCAUCACGUCUCUCCAGCAACCCUCAGUAAAUCCUUUGUUGCACAAAAUAUCUGGAUACCUGCACCACAUCAUACAGAGAAGCCCUAUUCUGUUGCUUUCUGGUACGGGAAGUGUCUUGAGGUAGAGACGGACACACAGCUGCUCAGCCCCUGCAAUGUGACGAUUUGCUGUUUUAGAACUUCUGUUUGGACGCAAUAUACUCUGCGGCUGGCACUGAAACCCAAAGUGUAGUGGAGUUUUGUGGACCCUCCUAUAGCACUAUGAAGGGACAUGUACCCAUUGAUCUGUACAGGGCAGUGAGUCCCUGGCAGUGGUAGGGGCGCUGCUCUAGGUUCCUCAGUACAAUCAUGUAUGUGAUCUUGUCCUCUCAUCUAUUUAUUACUUGUAUGUUUAGUUUGUGUUCAUUAUUCCUGAGCUGUGACGUGUAACCUGUGUCACCCUCACUGCACUGCUCCCUAACCCGCAGCAGACUGGUCGCUGCCAUACGCUGUAUGUUUAGGGCUGGGAGGGGGACUGACGUCUCAAUAAAGCUCAUGUUUGUAACACCAA